AUGCAUUCAAAUGGCGGCAAAGUAGCAAGUCAUUGGAGCGCCAACAAGACAAAACCCGGCUCGGUGCGGGAGUGCAGCGGCGUGCCGGCGGCCGCGGGUUGCGUCUUGCGAUGCGCGACGCAUUGUAUUCUAUCGAUCCGCUAUCGGCACUUCGCACGCCACAGUCCACGCCGCGUCCCGCGACGGUGGCGCCGCGGCGCGGACUAUAGCCACGACGCUGGUUUCAUGCGCUAG